AUACAACUUGUCAUCAAUUAUCUCUCUCUCUCUCUCUCUCUCUCUCUCUCACUGCAUUUACACAUCACAAUAAUUCCUCUUUCUCAAUAUAGUCUCUUGAUCCUCCUCAUCUUCAUUCCAAUUUUAUGGCUUUCUUUCUCUCUCUCUUUCUCAUUCUUAUGUUCCCUUCAAGCAAUGUUGGUUUUUGGCCACCUUCUCCUGGCUACUACCCAAGUUCCAAAUUUAGGUCCAUGACCUUUUACCAAGGGUUUAGAAACCUAUGGGGUCCUCAGCAUCAAAGUUUGGGCAAUAGUGGAGUAAAAAUUUGGCUUGAUAGUACUUCAGGAAGUGGGUUCAAGUCUGUUCGACCGUUUCGAUCCGGGUAUUUUGGUGCCUCCAUCAAACUCCAACCUGGUUAUACUGCAGGAGUGAUAACAGCUUUCUAUCUUUCCAACAAUGAAGUUCAUCCGGGGUUUCACGACGAGGUGGAUAUAGAAUUUCUUGGCACAACUUUUGGGAAGCCAUACACGUUGCAGACCAAUGUUUAUAUCAGAGGCAGUGGGGAUGGGAGAAUUAUUGGGAGAGAGAUGAAGUUUCAUUUAUGGUUUGAUCCCACAAAAAAUUUUCAUCACUAUGCUGUAUUGUGGAGUCCUAAGGAGAUUAUAUUCUUCGUGGAUGAUCUGCCCAUAAGAAGGUACCCAAGGAAGAGUGAUACAACCUUUCCACUGAGGCCAAUGUGGGUGUAUGGUUCAAUAUGGGAUGCCUCAUCUUGGGCUACUGAGGAUGGCAAAUACAAAGCUGAUUACAGAUACCAACCCUUUGUUGGGAUGUACACCAAUUUCAAAGCAAGUGGUUGCUCUGCCUAUUCUGCGGCUUGGUGUCGACCGGUCUCUGCCUCCCCAUAUAGCUCCGGCGGCCUCAGCCGCCAGCAGAGGAUGACCAUGAGUUGGGUCCAAAGCCACUACAUGGUGUAUAACUAUUGCAGGGACAGUAAGAGAGACCAUUCACUUACACCAGAGUGUUGGGGUUAAAAAUUAACUCCUUUUACUCUAUAUUUUCACGUCUCUUACAAGCACUUGUUUUGGGGUGUCUUGAGAUGCGUGCUAUAGUCCUACAACUAUUGGGGGAUUAGCUUAGUGUCCAAGUCUCCAAAAAAAAAAAAAAAAAAAAAAAAAACACAAAA